ACUACCACUCGCGAUUUUAUAAAGAUGCACAUGCAUUUUUUUGGGCCUCCUGCGACCACCAUGGAAGAGGACGAGGAUUCUUGUACGGAGUCUUACUUCGACGACGAGAAUAAGCUAAGUUGCAUCUGGUCCUUGACGGCGAAGUUAUCCCGCACCAAUGUGCAGCUGAUCGACUACAAGAUGUUCAUUGCUGCUCGUCGCAUCCAAUCCUUCUGGCGUGGCUACCGCGUCCGAGAGCUGCUCCUCCAGCGCUGGCAGGCUGCCAUUGUCAUUCAGCGCUGGUGGCGCGGCUUUCGCACGCGGCGCAUCCUGUGUGGAAAAGUGGGGCGACGGUUGCAGGAUACGAUUCUCAAACACUUCCACCGGUCGGCAGUUCGCAUUCAGGCCUUGUUUCGGGGCUGGUUGGUCAGGAAGUUCAUCCACGACGUGCGCGACCUGCACCGGAUGCAAUCCUCUGCCGCCGAGGAUCUGAUCAAUUGCGUAGUCCAUGAGCUGCAUGACAUCAGAAAAGCCGACUGCUUGCCCGGAGUCGUCUCCCUUCGAAAUUCAGCCUGCCUUUCAAAAGUCGAAAAACUAUUGACCACAAUGAUAUUCCGCUUCCACAACGAUCGGGUGGUCUUGAUGGUAGCCAACAGGAUGUCCCGAAAGGAAGGAUAUCGCAGGCACUUCAGGGACGGCAGAUUCGUUACCCAGAUUCCCUAUUCCGGACCCAACUUCAACGAACUAUGUUAUGUUAGAGAGAAGGAGCAUAUGGUACUUAAAGAGGUCCCCAAAGAUCUGCGUUACGCCGAAAUAGUCAACGAAUACGAGGAGUCCCAACUGCACGAGCACUUAAGAGCAACCCAUCUGCGAUUUGAUUCCCGCAAUGUGCAAAGGCAGAUAGAUCACAUUAACAUGCAAGAACUGCAUUUAAAGGGCAAGUUCUGCGCAGACGUCAUAGAUCGUAUGCGUAAAUGGACCAUAUGGAGUAGCACGAGUGCAAGCCAUAAGCAAAAUAUUUAUGAAAAUCGAAAAAACAUACAAGUAUUUUUUAGGAGAGUCGAGCAUCUGAUGAGUGAUUUCUGCGUGAGCAAAGCCGAAGAUCUCUACAAUGUCUCGAGCUUAAGCUCCGCCACAUAAAUUUCGAGUUAAGCACUUACACAUUACACAAAAUUCGUAAAUAUGUAAUUAAACCUUUUAU